AUGCAGAUAUUCGUAAAGACGCUCACGGGAAAGACAAUUACCCUGGACGUAGAGAACAGUGACACAAUAGAGAAUGUAAAAGCAAAGAUCCAGGACAAGGAAGGAAUACCCCCCGACCAGCAGAGACUUAUCUUCGCAGGUAAGCAGCUCGAGGACGGAAGAACUCUUUCAGACUACAACAUCCAGAAAGAGAGCACAAUCCAUCUCGUGCUGAGACUGAGAGGAGGAGUCAUCACUGACACAGACAGAGUGUUUGUGACAAUGAAGAGAACCAAAGUGCUUAUCUGCAGAGGAUGCUACUCAAGAAACAACAUCAGAGCAACACACUGCAGAAAGAGUGGGCCAUGUGGCAAUUCAACAAACUUAAGACCAAAGAAGAAGUUUAAGAAGUCAAAAUCAUAA